AUGUCGGGUACCAAUGCAUAUAUGGUUGCCAAUCUUCUGGAGAAGAUGAGCAACGAAGACAGAGACUUUCGUUAUAUGGCUGUGAAUGACUUGAUCAACGAGCUGCAAAAGGACACAUUUAGCUUGGAACCCAUGAUUGAAGGCAAAGUGGUUCGAGCCGUAUUGGCCCUAAUGGAUGAUAAGAAUAGCGAAGUGCAAAACUUGGCUGUCAAAUGUCUAGGACCACUUGUCAAACAAAUCAAGGAAGAACAAACGCUCGAUAUUAUUGACCGCCUAAGUGAUUUUGCUUCUCAACCUAAAAACGAAGAACUACGCGGUAUUGCCAGCAUUGGUUUAAAAUCCGUCAUAUUGGAAGUGAGCCCUCAUUCAGGCUAUGCCGUGUGCCAAAAGUUUGUUCCCAAACUCUUGCACAUGUUACAGCUGGCGGAUGCUUCCUACGAAAUGCAAAUCGAUACACUUGACAUUCUGGCGGAAAUCUUGUCCCGAUUCGGGUCUCAGAUGACGGCCGAUCAGCAAGCACGCGUUCAAUCCACGCUUCUGCCGUUGCUUGACCAUAAUCGCGCGGCUAUCCGAAAGCGGGCUACUACCGCGCUGGGCUACCUGGUCGUUCAUACAAACGAUGAGCUGUUCUCGGAUCUCUUUGCUUAUAUCUUGAAGAAACUCCAGACUACACGUGUUUCGACCGAAAAGUUACGAACAUUUGUUCAAUGCACCGGUGUUCUCAGCCGUUUCAGUGCUCCCCGUCUGGGCAAGCAUCUUUUGGAACUCAUGCCGAUCAUUGUCAAAGAAACAGCGGGUGAAGACGAUGAAUUGCGCGAAAUCUGCCUGCAGUCGCUCGAAUCUUUUGUGAUUCGCUGUCCUACUGAAAUCGGACCCUUUAUCGGCGAAAUCAUCUCUCUUGGCCUGCAAUAUCUUAAAUACGAUCCCAACUAUGCUUUAGAUGAGGACGAAGAGGGUGAUGAUGCAGAUGCAGAUGCUGAUAACGACGAGGAUAAAGCCAUGGAUGAAGAUAGCGAGGAUGAGGACGACGACGAGGAAUACGAAAACGUCCUUGACUACUCUGAUGAUGAUGAAGACAUGUCAUGGAAAGCUCGACGUGCUUCCGCCAAAUUGUUGGGGACAAUUAUCGAAACGCGAAUUGAUUUAUUACCAAAGCUGUAUCAGACCGUUGCGCCGGCGCUUAUUCAAAGGUUUAAAGAACAUGAAGAGUCUGUGCAAGUGGAUGUUUUGCAUACCUUUAUCGUCUUGCUUAAGCAGACGAGCUUUUAUGCUGGCGAUGAUACCGUGAAUCUGGCCAUGACGGAUGACCACGGUUUUGAAGUCGAUGUUUCCGGAUGCGGAGAAGAAAUGGCCAUCAAAUUUCCAAAACGUCAGACACCGCAACCCGACAACGCUGACAUGGAAACAAGCGAUAGUCCCAAAUAUCUUUUACGUACACUGGUGCCCAAACUGAGCCGUGCGCUUGCCAAGCAAUUGCGGGCCAAAUCCACACAGACACGUCAAACCGGAUUCCGUCUUUUGCGAGAAGUGGUAUACGUUCUGCAUGGGGGUUUGCAGGACCAAAUUGAGCAAUUUAUUCCUGCCAUUGAGACGUCUCUCUCCACGUCUUCGGCUGAUCAGCAUCACCUUGCUUUAUCGUCGAAUCUCAAGAUUGAAAUCCUCGCCUUCCUUCGCCUAUUCCUCCGUAAUCACAGUCCCAAGUCCUUGCAUCCAUAUCUCAAUCGCUUAUGCCCGGCAGUCAUUCAAACGAUUUCCGACAAAUUCUACAAGAUCACCUCGGAAUCGUUCCUGGUGUGUAUUGAACUUAUCAAAGUGAUUCGACCCAUUGUGUAUGACAGCAAAGCAGGCCAAUACGACAUUGAGCCAAUGAACAUGGAUUACAUGCCUUACAUCUCUGCCAUUUACGAUGCGACGAUCAAUGUGUUGAAUACAAGCGAUGCAGAUCAGGAAGUCAAAGAACGUUCCGUCAUGUGCUUAGCGGCCUUGCUGGCGCAAACAGGCGACGUGUUGGAAGCGAAGCAGCAUGAAGCAUGGAACAUGUUGUUGGAACGAUUGAGAAACGAAGUCACCCGAAUCAUCAGCGUACGAAGCUUGGCAAUUGUAUGCCAGAGUCCCGUGGCAGCUGGUAAAGAAUUGGAACGAUGCGUGUUGUCUGCCGUCGACGAUAUUGCUCUUUUGCUUCGAAAGAGCAAUCGAGCCUUGCGUAUCACCAGCUUGGAAUGUCUGACUAUUCUCAUCAAGAGAUUUGGAGAACAUAUUCCGAUGCAAAGCUAUGAUAUUCUCCUGCAAGAGCUGAAACCAUUAAUAUCGGAUGUGGAUCUGCAUUUGCUCCCGUUGGCGCUCACCACCAUCAAAGCGGUGAUUACGGUGCAACCCGGAACGAUUCAGCAAAUCAAGGCGUCGAUUUUGCCUUCGCUAUUCCAGCUUAUUCAAUCGCCGUUGCUUCAAGGAUCCGCUUUGGAAAGCCUUCUCAGUUUAUUGGCCUCGUUAGCCAAGGCCAGUCCCAAUGACUAUGACUUGCUUAUCAAAGGACUUGUGGAUCCAUUAUUAAACGUACAAACGACGGGUGUUUCUGCCGGCGGCGUAGCGGCUGUAGCGAACAAGCAAGCCGCCUCCGCAGUUGCGCAAUGCGUGGCUGUGUUGGCCGUGAAUAACAGUGAAACCAACCGUGAUCAAACCAUUCAGCACUUCCAGUCAUAUAUUGAGUCACCUGCUGUCAAUGAUUCCAUAAAAUAUCUCAGUCUUUUGACACUCGGUGAGAUAGGACGACGGGUCCAUUUGAAACAAGAUUUCCAUGAACAAAUCUUGAGCUUGUUCUCUGCGCAAUCGGAAGAAGUGAAAUUUGCAGCUGCGUUCGCUCUUGGCAAUGUGGCUGUGGGUAAUAUUGGCAAGUAUCUUCCACUCAUUGUUGGUCAAAUCCGAGAACAACCGAAGCGUCGCUAUUUAUUAUUGCAUGCUCUGAAAGAGGCAAGUGGAUGUCUAGAAGAAGAAGCGGCCUUGGGUAGUGCGUCGGAUGAAAUUUGGAAUCUGUUGCUCGAAGGCAGUGAAUCCGAUCAGGAAGAAGGCACACGUACCGUGGUUGCCGAAUGUUUGGGUAAAUUGGCAUUGACCAAUCCAAAGAAAUUCCUUCCACAACUGGAGGAACGUUUAUCUUCUCCUACUGCGCAUUCGCGAGCUACAGUGGCUACUGCCGUGAAAUAUGCCGUGGUUGAUCCGUCUCAGGAACAUGACGAUCUGCUGAGACCGAUCAUCGCCCGGUUCUUAAACUUGCUUCAGGAUCCGGACUUGAAUGUACGUCGACUGACCUUGCUCACCAUCAAUUCGGCUAUCCAUCGCAAACCCUACCUUGUGAGAAACGUCCUUCCUCAGCUGAUUCCUUUGCUGUAUGACGAGACCGUCAUCAAGGAGGAGCUUAUUCAUACGGUGGAAAUGGGACCAUUUAAACACAAAGUCGAUGACGGUUUGGAAGUGAGAAAGGCGGCUUAUGAGUGCAUGUAUGCGCUUUUGAGCACUUGCUUGGAAAAGAUUGACGUGUAUGAGUUUUUGAAUCGUGUGCGGGCGGGUUUGGACGAUCAGCACGAUAUCAAGAUGCUGACCAAUCUUACGUUGAUCCGCCUGAGCAAAAUGGCCCCUACGGCGGUCUCGCAGAAAUUGGAUGAUCUCGUCAUUCCAAUGAAGUCGACGCUCGAUUUCAAGAUGCGAAGCAAUGCUGUGAAGCAAGAAGUGGAGAAGAAUCAAGAACUGGUACGAGCCACACUUCGAUGCAUGGUGGCUCUGUCUGCGCUUACUGAUACUGGAGCUGCACCGACGUUUGACAGCUUUUUAAGAGAAGUGAAAAUGGGACCAUUGGCGGAGGAAUAUAAGCUCACAUUGGUGGAAGUGGAGAACCGGGAAAACCGAGCAGCUGACUAUAUGGAUCUCUCCUAG